AUGGAGACCGAGUCUACCGAGGAGUCUCCGUCGCCCGAUUUUCAUAUCCUUGACGUAUUUGUUUCUUUCAGAUCUUUAGAGGUACAGCCCAGCUCCGAAGGACAAGAGAGCAUUUCAGAACCUCUUCCUUCUUCGGGUAGCAGUCCUAGGUCUGCUGUAGAUGCUGUGACUGUCCCAACUGUAUUACGUGAAGUGCCUCAUAGGCCGUAUUCUGUGCUCACAGAGCCCUCUUCUGAAAGUCUCGAGGCUGCUUGCCCUGGAUCCCAUCAGAUAGGCCAUGGGAGGUUUGGCUAUCAACCCCUCUAUAUUUCUUAUGUAACUCGGAAGCCCUGUACCACAGACCCCAACUCAAAGCAUGAUCCUGCCUCUUAUCCUGGUCAUAGCUCUGUUCACAGCUGUAGUCCUGGCUCGGGUUUGGGCUCUGGUCCUGGCCACAUUUGUUGUACUGGCCAAGGCUCCGGUCCUCCAUCUGGACCUGCUACUGCCCCUGAACCUGCUCCUGCUCCUGCCCCUGGGCCUUGUCCUGCUGACUCUGAACCUAGUCAAAAAGUCAGCUCCAGCAUUCCUCAAGGGUUCAGAAGCAUCCCGCCAGAUCUGCUCCCUUGUGUUGGGUGGAAUCAGUACUGCUACUGUGAGCGGCACCGACAACCCUGGGAACAUAUACAAGUCAAAGAACCUGGAGUACGAGGGCCAUGGAAACCCCCCGAGGCUGAAAGGAAACCUGAGUUGCUUUGUAAAACACUGCCCCGUGGCCAGUGCCUCCUUCGCAACUGGGUGGAAGAGAGAUCCACCAACUGCUUGGAUGAAAUCCCAAGAUUGCAAGAUGGUUCUGAGAGUUACUUCUUCCGACACGGACACCAGGGACUGCUGAGCACGCAAGUUCAGUCACCCAUGUCUUCCAGCACCACCCAGAAAGACUCAUACAGGCCCCCAAGAAAUGUCUGUCAGCCACUUCGAGGGAACCGUGAAGCUAGGCUGGAGAUGCUCUUGUACCACCAGGUCUGUAAAGAGGUGCAGGCAGAGCAAGAACCUUCAAGGGAGCUCUUUGAAGCCGAGUCAGUAACACACCAUGACUACAGAGCGAAGCUGGUACAAACAGGGCCUCCAGCCCCCACAAAGCCUCAUGAUUACCGCCAGGAACAGCCUGAGACGUUCUGGAUACAGAGAGCACCACAGCUACCGGGUGUCAGUGACAUCAGGACACUGGACACACCUUUCCGGAAGAACUGCAGCUUCUCAACGCCAGUGCCCUUGUCUCUUGGGCAGCCUUUGCCUUAUGAACUUGAGACUUUCCCCCACCAAAUGGGGGCAAUGUCUUCCCUUGCCUGUCAGGGAGGAGGAGAGGGGUGUGGCGGACAACUCCAGCCUAAGAGUUGAGGAGGGAAGCAGACAUGGAAUUUGGGAUCUAUUUCUGUUUAUACUGUAGAGGCAGGUGUGGGAGGAGCUAAUUCUCUGUGCUUGAUGAGGGGGUUUACAUAAAGCACUCUCCUCCUGAA